UUCUUAAAUGAAGUACAAUAACCGACCUCUAAUUCAUGAUUUCAUGUCUUCACCAAUAAUCACAAAUGAUGAGGUAAAAAGUUAAAAAAAAAAAAAAAAAAUUAAUAAAUAAAAAAUGCAAAUAUUUUGUCCCCAAGUGACAAUAAUAAUGUUGGGGAAUCUCAAUACAGACAACAUAAUUGGAGGGUAAUCAGUCACACUUCAAAAUGGCCAAUCUGACUCUUUUGGCGCCUACCCACUAGUCCACUACCUUUACGCGGAGGCCGAUUCUUUCCGGCCCUGUUACUCCAUCCCUUUGCUUCUUUCCAUUGGUUUCUUGAUUGAUUUCAUUUCAAGGUUCGUUUUUUCUUUUCUGGGCUUCACAUAUUAUUGAGUAAAUGUGAAGGUUUAUAAUCCCUUCUUCAUUGAGAAUUCCAGUAAUUAUCUUUCUGGGACAGUGAAAGGAAUUCUGCUUUGCAAUGAAAUCUUGGAUUUUAUCCUUGAGAAAAGAAAUAUUUUUGAAAAUUGGUAGUGUUGGUUUUGAUAUGGGGAAUAAAUUGGGAAUGAAGAGGCAAGUCGUGGAUAAUAAGUACACGAAGCCUCAAGGAAUGUACCAACUCAAAGAAGUGGACAAAAAGAAACUUAAGAAGCUUAUUCUUGACUCAAAGCUGGCACCUUGUUACCCUGGUGAUGAUGAAUGUGGUGGUGACCUUGACGAAUGCCCCAUUUGCUUCUUGUACUAUCCAAGUCUUAAUUGGUCAAGAUGUUGCAUGAAAGGCAUUUGUACAGAGUGUUUUUUGCAGAUGAGGACCCCUAAUUCUACCCGGCCUACACAAUGUCCUUUCUGUAAAACCUUAAACUAUGCUGUGGAGUAUCGAGGUGUCAGGACAAAGGAGGAGAAAAGCUUGGAGCAAAUUGAAGAACAACGAGUUAUUGAAGCCAAAAUAAGGAUUAGAAAGCAAGAACUUCAAAAUGAAGAGAGAAUGCUAAUACGAAGAGAAAUUAGCUCUUCAAGCAGUAGAAGAAGACCAAUUGAGGUUGACUAUUGUUCAACAGCAGAGCCAUCCUUUGCUUCAGCUGUACACAGCGAGGAAGUUGUUACCUGCGAGGAGUCACAUGUUGCUUCGGCAGUAACGCAACGUUCACAUCCAAGGCAAAAUAGUGAGGAUGUGGUUGACCUGGAUCUUGAAGACAUAAUGGUUAUGGAAGCCAUUUGGCGGUCUAUUCAGGUGAACGGCAGGCAGCAGCAUGAUCACUCGCCUGAUAGUGAUGCAGCUCUAUCUCAAGAAUACACGGUGGAAGAUCGCGUCUCAUCAUGGAUGGCUCCAAUGGUUGGAUCAUCAUCAUCUUCUUCUGCACGUAUUGCUUGUGCAAUUGCAGCCUUUGCUGAACGUGAACAAAAGGGCCGAGAGCCCUCCAAUAACACGUCUGGGUAUCACAUGCCGGACUGUAGCAGAAUUUCCAGUUGUGAGGAACAAGAAUCUGAACGUUAUUUUCCUGUUGAGAGCGCCAUUGUGGUGACACCCAAUAGCCAGUUGGCCUGUUAUGCUGAUUGUGAUGAACCUUAAGAUAAUGUUACGCCUACUGUACGACGGCGAAACAAAUGAAAGUGAAUGCAGCUUUCAACCUGUUGUAGGGACUAUUGUUCCUGAGAGAUUUGAGGAGCAGACGGUGUUAGUCAUGUCUGUUCUAUGGUCGAGGUUUGGGCCUCGACUAGUAUACCGAGCAUUGCAUAGCACUAGUAAUGGUAUCAAGGGUUCCUUGUGAUUCUCUCCUUUCUCUAUUGACACCUAAAAAGAAUGUAAAGAUGGAAAAUAAGAAUGAUUGCAUGAAUGAAGAUUGUUUGCUGAUCAUAUUUCCAACAA